AUGUACGUCGCAAAACCGGGGCUCGGUCCCAUGUUUCCGUCGACGCGAGACUGGGUUGGCGAGGCGGCGAGCAUUUCGGGCCUCACGAGCCUCUUGGUGGCGCUGCCCGUGGGCAUUGCUGUCGAUCGGUUUGACCGCAGCCACAUGUGCAAGCUUGCUGCCGCCGUAACUCUGGUGGCGUCGUGCGUCACCAGCGUGGGCUGCACGAUGGACAACAUGUUUCUCCUUCUCGUCUCCCUGUUCCUCUGGGGCGUCGCCUGGGAGCUCGCCAGCAGCGCGAGCUUCGCCAUCUUCACCGAUUCCAUCGUGCCUGAGGAGCGACCGUACUGGUUCACGAUCAAAGGCAAGCAACAGAAACGGCCUCUUCUGUCCCCACUGACCCCGCGUUUGAAACAGAAGACGCGACGGAGGCAGGCGGAAGGCUACGAGUGUCGAGUUCCUCUACGCUCUUUCCUUUCACCCGACGAGACACCGAGGCGUGGGCCCUCGCAUUCGACUCAAGACAGUUUCAUGACAGGGUGGUCAAAAAGCACACGCGGCGACGUGUGGCCCUCGCACUGCAGCACUCAGGCGCCUCCGCGUUCUCGCUUUUCCACCCCUGGUUCGGAAAAAUUCGACCCUCGUCUCUGCCCCAGUGACUGUGAAGAGGAAGGAGAUGCUUCGGCCGGCGCGCCCGGCGCUCGGCCCGAUCCGAAGUUGAGAGGCCUUGGCCCCGCGAGUGUCCCCGUUGCAUCUCCCUCGCCGCUUCUGUGCAAACGCCGCGUCGCAGGGAUGCAACCGGAGACGCACCGGUCUCCCGCAGGCUGCUCUGCUCGAGCGCCGAGGCGCAAAAAAAGGCGAUUCAUCGCCAUUGAUUGCGCGGGACCUCGACGGCAAAGAAAUCCUCGACGCGGCGCAGGAGCCGUCGCACACCGUCUCCGAGACACAGACGGCGAGGAUGAAGAUGGACGUGAAGAAGACCGCAGUGAAGGGGGACACGAGGCAGGGGAAGCCGCGGCGGGUGUGGGCGACGAGGCCUGGCAGCGCGGCCUUUCGCGGCCGCAGAAAAUGAUUCCGUUUUUGGUUGCGGUCUCCGAUACGGUUCGAGCGAUUGGUGCCGGCAUGACCGUCGCGUUCUUCCCUCUGUUCUUCAAGGAGGUUUACCACUUCCAACCCCUCGACCUCUGCUUUCUGUCGACAGCCUACUCGGUGUCCAUCGGUCUGUUCAUGCUCUUUGCGGAGCGCCUCGCCAAGCUCACUGGACGGGCGUGGGCAACAGUCCUCUUCUUCCUCGGCGGCCUCUGCAUGCUCUUCUGCAUGUGCGUCGUGCAACAACUACCCAUCAUGAUCUUUUGUUUUCUCCUUCGCGGCGCGUUUCAAAAUGCCGUCAGCCCUCUGACACGGUCCAUCGUCAUGGAUUUCACCCAAAAAGCGAAUCGUGGAAAGUGGAACGCGGUCGAGUCCUUCAGCUCGACGCUCUGGUCAGGCAGUGCGCUUCUCGGCGGUUUCUUGGCGAACAAAGACUAUCGAUUUGCCUUUUUCGUCACUGCGGUUCUCUACGCGAUUUCGCUGAUCAUCUUCUUGCCUCUCACCUUCCUUCUCCCGUCCGCUGAACAAAUCCUGCGCAGCUCUCAGACACCACAGGAACCUCAUUCCUUCUCCUUACAUUCUCCCUCUUCUUCUCCCUCUUCUUCUUCCUCUUUUUCCUCUUCCUCUUCUUCCUCUUCCUCUUCUUCUCCUCCCUCUUCUUUUUCCUCUUCUUCCUCUUUUUCCUCUUCUUCCUCUUCUUCCUCUUCUUCUUCCUCUUCUCCCUCGUCUUCAUCUUUGCUGUGUGUAGGAGAGGGGGGCUUCUGUCUCGGCACUUCUUUGGCGCCUCCAGAGGGCUCUGGAGCGGCAGGCGGGGCGUGUCGGUCUCGAGAGCUGUUGGGAAAGAACGGCGCAAACGGCAACGAAAAAACGCGCCCAGACGCGACUCUCGCCGUGCCUCUCCUGCACUCUGCCGAGCAGCAAACUCGUGACUUCGUCCAACUCUCUUCCGAGCCUUUCCCUCUUGUGGAAGAGAUACACCGGAUUGCCUAG